AUGAAAGAUCAUAUUAAAGAAAAAUUAGAUACUAAUGAAUUAUGUGUUAGUAUGCUUCAGAAAUCUGAAGAAAAGGGUUUAACGUUUGAUGAUUUAUGGAAUAAAAAGAUAAAUUCCACUAUGAAAGAAUGGAAACAGAACAAAAAUACUCAAAAAGUAUACAAAGAUCUAUACAAGUCUAGUAAUUCUGAAGAUGAAAAAGUCAAUACAUAUAUAACAUUAAUCAUUAAAUUCAUUUUUACAGCCGAAAAAGAACGUAUGGCUUCAAAUAGUAUUUGGGUUCAAUCGGUCAUUGAAACUAUAUUUAAUGAAAAAUAUCUUUCUACAAAAAUUGAUUCAAAAGUUAUAGAAAUAUAG